AAAAUCUAUCAUUUUUAGCUCAACCGAUUGCUUGUUGCUCAAGGCAAGCAUCCAAAAAUAAUAAUUCCCAGGUCGAAAGCAGCAAGCAAACAUGUCGAUGAUCUUUAACACGGAGUGGGGCUACCUAGAGGCCCUGACGCGGGGCUUUAAGAACGGCAUGCUAAAGCAGUCGGACUACCUGAACCUCACCCAGUGCGAGAGUCUCGAGGACGUGAUGAUCAGCAUCCAGGGCACGGACUACGGCCUCAUCUUUGGUGGAGACUUUUCCCAACCGAGUGUGGAGGUGAUCGAGAAGGCCCUGAGGGACCGCAUGCUGCAGCAGUUCUACUAUAUACGUAGCCAUUCGACGGAACCGCUGUCCACGUUCCUGGAGUACAUCCGCUAUCCAUAUAUGAUAGACAACGUAGCGCUUCUGAUCGCGGGCCUGAACAACCACCGACCCAUGAAACGCCUGUUGAAGAUGUGUCAUCCCUUGGGUUUUUUCGACCAACUUGCUGCCAUCGAAGUGGCCACGAAUUCCGCAGACCUCUUUGACGCCAUCCUGAUUGACUCACCAAUCGCCCAGUUCGUCCCGAACAAUCUGCCCUGGGAGCAUCUGAGUCACAUCGAUGUGGAGAUCGUGCGAGCCACUUUGUACCGGGAGUACCUGGAAAACUUCUACGAAUAUUGCCGCAAGCUGGGUGGCAACACCGCUGACGUAAUGACCAAUCUGUUGUCCUUCGAGGCGGAUCGUCGAUCCAUCACCAUAGCGGUGAAUGCGAUCGACAGCGAUAUAAGUCCAAAAGAACGGCUUAAGAUGUUUCCCACCUGCGGUUUCUUACCCAAGAUAGCCCUGGCCAGUAUGUCCACCUUGAAUGAUAGUGAGAAAAUACGGGACGUGUGUAACAUGUUCGAGGGAUACGGCAAGAUGUUCGACAACUUUGAGCGGGACACCGAUGGCAUGAUCACGCUGGAGGACCGUUUUCUCAUGAUGGAAGCCAAGAAAAACGUGCAGACCUUCCUGCAGCAGUUCCACUUUGGGGUCUUCUACUCGUUCAUGAAGCUCAAGCAAUUGGAGUGUCGGAACAUCGUCUGGAUCAGCGAGUGCAUUUCUCAGCGCCAAACGGAAAAAAUCAACGCCUACAUUCCCAUACCAUUUGACUAAAGUUAUUCCCUUUUCAUUCCACGUUACUCUAAUUUUAUGUAUGUGAACCUUUAUUUUGUCUUUUACUUUUGAUAAUUAUUCUUAAAUGAUGGUUUGUUUGGAAAUGCGUUCUAAAAUUUUAAA